UGAGCCUUAAUGUAGGCAAAUUGAUUAACGUAAUUACGUAGUGAGUCGCUACGCAACGCAACGUGUCCCUGUUGUGUUGACUGGGAAACCCCUAGCGCGGAGCUGCCAACGCCCGGCGUAAAGACACAAAUAGAGGAUACGAUCUUGAAUGAGUAGCAAAGACUGUAACACACAGCUAUGCAGACCAUUAAGUGUGUUGUAGUUGGUGAUGGUGCCGUGGGUAAAACCUGCCUGCUCAUUUCUUACACCACAAACAAGUUUCCCUCUGAAUAUGUACCUACGGUGUUUGAUAACUAUGCUGUAACUGUAAUGAUCGGAGGUGAGCCCUACACUCUGGGCUUGUUUGAUACAGCAGGUCAGGAAGAUUACGACAGGUUACGACCUCUGAGUUAUCCCCAGACAGAUGUCUUCCUUGUCUGUUUCUCUGUCGUGUCCCCAUCGUCCUUUGAAAAUGUCAAAGAAAAGUGGGUUCCCGAGAUCACCCACCACUGUCCAAAGACGCCUUUCCUUCUAGUUGGGACUCAGAUCGACUUGCGAGAUGAUCCCUCCACUAUAGAGAAGCUGGCUAAGAACAAGCAAAAGCCCAUUACUCCGGAGACAGCCGAGAAGCUGGCAAGAGAUCUCAAGGCUGUGAAAUAUGUGGAGUGCUCAGCCCUCACACAGAAAGGACUAAAGAAUGUGUUUGAUGAGGCGAUAUUGGCUGCAUUGGAGCCCCCAGAGCCCAAGAAGAAACGCAAAUGUGUGCUGCUAUGAGAGGCUCCUACCUUUCCAAAGCACACACCCCCUUCACUCACGCAUACACACACACACACACACACAGAAAUACACACGUCUUUAAAUACAUACAUCCCUGCCUCUCCCAAACCCCCCUCCCUUGCUCUGCUAAGGCUGCUUGACAGCAUUGUUUUCCUUGUGGAAGACUAGGAAGAAAACAGCCUACCAAGUUUCAGAUAAUUCUCUGCAAUAAUAACAACCAAGCUUCACCCCUGCGUCUGAGUUCGGGAUAAAACAUGAACGUGACAUGGCCAAGAAGCCGGUGAGGGCUCAGACAGGGAUCCAGAUACCAAGCAUACUCACAAGUAGAAAUCCCUCUGUCGAGCUUUGGAUAGCGGAUUUCAUCAGUUCAGUCAGUGUUGUGGCCUAAUCGAGUUCUAGCUGCCCAGCCGUGUAGUCGUCUUCAGCCAAUGUAAGGGUCUUGUGGACAUAAGCCCAACCCCAGCCCCUCC